AUGACAUCCAGCGCACGCCGUGGUCCUUCGCAAAGUGGAGUACUCCACGAAUAUGCUCCUAGGCUAGUGGCCUUCGAGUACACCUCUCCCGCCAAGGCAAGCAGCAAGCAGAACAGCUUGAUCUUCGUCGGCGGUCUGACUGAUGGCCUAUGUACUGUGCCAUAUGUAUCGAAUUUGGCUGCAGCUCUGGAGGACACCGAUUGGUCGCUGUUCUCUAUCCUGUUGAGCUCCUCCUAUAGCGGUUUCGGAGUCCAGAGCCUUGACCGCGAUGUAGAGGAAAUCGGGCAGUGUGUGCGAUUCAUUCGCGAUCUCAAAGCAGAUCGCAUCCCCGGCGCCCCGUCAAAGCAUGGCAAGGUCGUGGUCAUGGGCCACUCCACUGGUAGCCAGGAUGUUCUGCAUUAUCUCCACGCGCCAAACCCGCUCCCGAAGAGCGAAUUUGAUCUGGGGCUUGAGUACAUACAUCGCCCAGAGCUCGAUGGUGCCAUAAUGCAAGCUCCUGUGUCCGACCGCGAAGCAAUUUUGGCGGUUCUAAAGUCCUCGAAUGAUCCCCAGGAGGCUCGUGCUGCCUAUGACCAGCUCGUGAGCACUGCCCAGAUCGAGCCAUGGACCGCGGACUCCGACAAUAUCCUCCCGAUGAAUAUGACCGCCAAGCUUGGUCUGCCUGGUAAUGCGCCUCUCAGUGCCCGUCGGUUCCUGAGUCUGGCCAGCCCGCAUAGCCCCGAGAAGCCUUCUCAGGAUGACCUGUUCAGCUCCGACCUAAGCGACCAGCGUCUCCAGGAGACCUUUGGCCAAAUCUCCACCCGUGGAAUCCUGCAGUCUAGUCUGCUUGUCCUCUACUCUGGUUGUGAUGAGUAUUGCCCGGCGUGGGUUGACAAAGAACAAUUAGUGCAGCGAUGGCAGAAGGCUACCGAGGCCGGAGGGGCCAAGUGGGAUGUGAACGGUGCUAUUAUACCCGGCGCUGUCCACAAUGUCCAAGAUGAGGGCCAAAAGGAGCUGAUUGAUCGCGUGAUGCGAUACCUAAUGAGCCUUUGA